CGCGACGAAGGCUACGGGCUGCUGAUCCUGGAAGGAAAGGACUGGCAGAGGGUAAGAAGUGCCUUUCAAAAGAAAUUAAUGAAACCCAGGGAAGUUGCGAAACUGGAUACUGCGAUCAAUGAGGUACUGUGUGCUUUGAGAAACUCUUUCCCUAUCCCCACUCCCCUGGAAACCUGGGAAAUAAAAGCAGAUCAAAUGAUCCGGUUUGCCUGCAUAGCUGUCGAUUUGCUCUACAGUGGUAUCUGUCUGGUGCUGUAUGGAAAGAGGUUUGGUCUCCUACAGCAGGAUGUAGAAGAAGAAAGUUUGAACUUCAUCAAGGCUGUAAAAACGAUGAUGGCUACUUUUGGAAUGAUGAUGGUGACCCCUGUGGAACUUCACAAGGGUCUGAACACAAAAGUCUGGCAAGCUCACACUAAAGCAUGGGACGAUAUAUUUAAAACAGCCAAGCACUCAAUUGACUGUCGACUGGAAAAACACUCUGCAAACCCCCAGGAGGAUUUCCUGUGUGACAUCUAUUCUGCAGGACAACUUUCCAAGAAGGAGCUGUACGCUGCUAUCGCAGAGCUCCAGAUUGCUGGCGUUGAAACGACGGCCAAUAGUUUACUGUGGGCUUUGUAUAACAUUUCACGCAAUCCACAUGUUCAGCAGAAGCUUUUCCAGGAAAUACAGAGUGUUUUGGCUGUUAAUGAGUGUCCAAGUGCUGAGGACUUGAAGAAUAUGCCCUACCUAAAAGCAUGUCUGAAAGAAUCCAUGAGAUUAACACCAUCGGUGCCAUUUACCACUCGCACCAUCGACACAGAAAUAGUUCUGGGGGAUUAUGUACUGCCCCAAGGGACCGUACUAAUGAUAAAUAGCCAUGCCCUGGGCUGCAAUGAAGAGUACUUUAAUGGCUGGACUCAGUUUAAACCAGAGCGCUGGUUUCAGAAGGACUUAAUAAAUCCUUUUUCUCAUGUUCCAUUUGGCAUUGGGAAGAGGAUGUGCAUCGGGCGCCGUGUAGCAGAGCUACAGCUUCACUUGGCCCUUUGCUGGCUCAUUCGCAAAUACCAAAUUGUAGCAACUGACGACAAACCAGUAGAAACACUCCAUUCAGGAAUACUGAUUCCCAGCCGGGAGCUUCCCAUUGCAUUUCACAGACGAUAA